AAAAAAGGUUUUGUGCGAUUCUACGGUUAAGGAGAGAAGGGUGAGUGGCGGUAAAUAGUGGUAGUAUAGGGGACCAAAUGGCAUUUUUUGUACACGUAUUCCGAGGUUCCCUUCUCUUCCACUCUCCGCGAUGAACAAGAUGAAGCGACGCCUCUCCUCUUCCUCCCGAACAUAAGAUCCUUUGUACAAUCUCCCUCAAUUGUUAUUUCGCUGCGUCAGGUCCAUUGCCGUUUGUGAAAAAAUUCUCUCUCAAGGAGAUCAAGAGAGCGACCGAUGAAUUCAGCAUGAUUCUCGAAACUAGUCCUCGCGGGAUAAUUUACAAAGCCCGGUUUCCGGAUGGACAGGUUGCGAGAGUUAAACAGCUACGAUCUACGGAACGAGGAACGAAUACCUUCUAUAAGAAAGUGCAACUACUAGGUCGGCUGCACCACCGCCAUCUCGUCAAGCUUCAAGGUUUUGCUGAGGGAGUUAAUAGGUUGUUACGAUCCGAUAUUGUCUUCAGAUUUCUCGUCUUUGACCAUAUGGAGAAUGGUAGCUUGAAGGAGUAUCUUCAUGACCCUCUGAGAACCCCAUUAAAUUGGCGGACACGAUUGCAAAUCGCUAUCGAUGUAGCAGCUGCUUUGGAAUAUCUUUGUUAUUUCUGUGAUCCUCCUGUAUGCCACAUUUCGAUCAGCUCUAGUAAUGUUAUGCUUGAUGCGAACUAUGUUGCAAAGCUCUCUGAUGUGGGAUUUAGUGACAGUGACUUAAACCAUGCUACUGAACCGAACACAAGAAGCCCUACAGAUCACAUUGAUCAAGGAAACAGGGAUUUGGUGUUUCAGUUUGGCGUGCUGGUCCUUGAGCUCAUAACUGGUCAAUCACUGGGUGAGGAAGAUGAAGUGGUCCAUUGGGUCCAGGAAUCUGAAUUUGCUUGUUCGAUGCACAAAAUGGUAGAUGCUGAUCUUGGAGAUAGUUAUGAUUCCAAAGAGCUUAAAAGUCUUCUUAUUGUAGCAAGACUGUGUACCAGAAUGGGAAAUGAAAUUUCGAUUCCCCAGAUACUCCGCUACUUACAGGGAAAGGUAGAACCUUCGAUUUUAUAACCCUAAAUUUUCCAGAUCAAAUGCACUUGUCUUAGAAUGUGAAUAGAAGAAAGAGGAGACUAGCUGAAUGAUUCGGUACGACUGUAGCUGAAUUUUACCGAGCCAAUUGUUUCCUUUCUUCAUUUUCUUUUCUGAUACUUAAUAUUUAUUCUGUACGUACGGAAGCUAAUUGUGAUGGAAGCUAAUCUCUUUUCCCCGUCCUUCUGUA